UGAAGUUGAAGUAAGUUGAUGUUGCCACCAAAAGUCGCGUGAGAUUUUUAAAAAGUGCUGAAUCUAAUUAAGUAAUUUACAGUUUCACAAGUAAUAUAAAAGCUAACAACAACCGAAAUGUUCACCAAGGUUGCCAUACCAUCUGCAUUACCCUUGCGGUAUUUCUUUCCAUUCGCUCUACUCGUAUUCGUCGCGUCGCCAGCUACACCAGCUAAAAUACCGAUAGCAGAGAAUGACGGGGCUGGGCUGCGAGGUCAAGCCGUCAUUGAUGCGGUGCCCCUGGCAGAACGCGCCGCAUUCAUUCGCUACAAUCUGGCUAAGGCAGUGAGUCGUUUUAACUCCACAGAUAACAAUGCCACCGGCCGCAGUGUCGAACCACGUCUAUUUUUGCAACCCAGUGCUUUGCUGAGUCCGACACAAUUGCUGGAAUUCGAGAACAUUCCCACCUAUCCGGAAUUCGGCGAAGAUGUAUUCUAUUGGCUGCGCGAUACUCUCGAGGUGACUGAGGAUAACUUAUACUCACUUUUAAAUACUCGCUCUGGAGGGUUUCUAUUGUGCACCGAGGAUGGUAUUUGUUAUGACGCACCAAAUUUAGGUGCGAUCUGCUGCCCUUUCUGAGGAACCCUUUAAGGAGCCAAUGAAGGAUCUAUGGAACCUGGAGGAGAAAUGGAAAAUGUAUGGAAAAUGACUUGAAAAAUUCACAAAUAAUAUAAAUAAUGCAAAAGAAAAUUGUUAAAUUAAAAUGUAUAUUAAAAACUCUUUGCAUUGUAAAACAAAGCGGUCUGGCAACGCCUUGCUUAUAUAUUGCUACUACUUUUAUCAUAAAAUUGUAUAAUAAAACUUUAUCGA